GUUAAAAAUUUCUUAGGGCUCUCUAUACCCUUAACUUGAACUAAGCCUUCUAUAAUGCCUACGCCCACAACGUUGCAUCUUUAAAGUAGCACCCAGUCGUGCCUGAUGUUGCUACAACAUGCAUUGCCCAUCCUUUCAUCAGCUUAUUUAUACGCUCCCUCUCUUUCACUAAGCUGCAAUAUUCCGCAGAUCUGAGCUUGCUAGGAGCUUUUACACCGGCCGUAAUCUCAUCAACUCUUACAAUCCAUACAUCGCAUACUUCUACCAUGGCCAGCGCUACAGCAACUAAAGAGGAAUUUUAUUUCAUUCCUCUUGAUGAUAAAAAUGUUAGCCUCUCAGCCAUAAGGCAUGAACUUGAGCAGUUUCAUCUCGCAUUCAGCAUGAUCCGGGAGGAAAUCAUUCACAUGUCACACACGCUCCCACAAAUUGACGGCAGAGUUGCUCGACUCAUGAUGUAUAACAAAGUACUAAUCAAUUCAAUUGAUAAACAACUAUACCAAGCUAUCCCAGAAACUCCUGUGACUGCCACUGCGCCACAAGUACCAUGGCGGGAUGAAAUGGAUAAGGCAGGAUUAAAUUAUAAAUAGAUGGGCUAGAAUAAUUUCUCUUAUGGCGAUAGCAUGCAAUGUACUACCAAAAGGUUGUAACAGAAUAUAGAACUUUGUUUCAGAUAAUUUGCAACCCUUUACGGCGAACUUAAUAAAGUAGAAGCCGAGGCUAGUUUAUG